CCGAUUUUAUACAGCUAACUACAAUAUAAUUACCGUUGCUUUAAAAAAGCAAACUAAGCUGCGUAUCUUCUGUCAUGUUGCCUGAGUGCACCACGAUGCUUCAAUGACAAACACUAGCCCAGACCCGAUUAAUAGAUAUAGUAGAACGAGGAUAAACUACUCGUCUAGCAAUUUUGUCCUUGAAAUGAAUCAGCAAGGACAGUCUUUGAGUUUAAACAUUGUAAAUAUCACAUUGUUUAAUUAUGGGUAGUGUAGAUAGUAGGAAAAACCUUAAUCUACACUGGAUUGGAUUUCCCACUUCGAUCAACGACAUCAGUGAUUGAUUAGUAUGUCUGAGCCAUUGACUUCACAUGUGGUCUACGCCCCUCCCCUCAGCUGGUCAUAAAGUUGACUUUAGCGUCCCUUCCUCAUGACAUGUUGAGCUGGUUGAGCAAGGCUUAUUAAACUCAUUUAAAGACUGGUCUGAAUAAUUUCAGACAAUGUUUCAUAGUCGUUACAGACAUCCUGGAUACGUUUUACCAGCGUUACAUCAUUAGAAGAGAGAGACGGAGCUACACCACCACCAGCGUCAAUGGAAAUCUCUGCACAAGACCAGCAAGUUCCACCCUCCUCUCCCGUGUCCACGCCUGCUCCUGAUGAUUUAUUGACAGAACCUCAGACCAGAGCAGACCUCUUACAAUAUUACUGUCACCUGACCCUGGACCCCAACACAUUGUACAGAGAGAUGGUUCUGUCUGAGGGGGACAGAAAGGCAGUGCUCACAGAUUUGGUCCAGGAGUAUCCUGAACACCCGGACAGAUUCUCUCACCUCUAUCAGGUGCUGUGUAGGGAGGGUCUGUCUGGGCGGUGUUACUGGGAGGUGGAGUUUCAGGGGUCUGUUGAAAUAGCAGUGGCCUACAGAGACCUAGGCAGAUCGGACUAUUAUUCAGAAUGUGCGUUUGGCUGCAACGACAAAUCCUGGAGUUUAGACAUAAACGGGAAUGAUACAUGUUUCAGACACAAUGAUGAGGAGAAAGCAGUGCCAGAGCCUCAGUCCUCCAGAGUUGGCGUGUUCCUCGAUCACAAGGCUGGGAAUCUGACCUUCUAUUGUGUCUGUGAGUCAACGCUGCAGCUGCUGCACAGAGAAGAAACCACGUUCACAAAGCCGCUCUACCCCGGACUGUGGCUCAUAGACACCGCCCAGCUGUGUGAUCGGGAAUAGAAGUACAACCGAAAAGGGUCUCGUGGUGGACUGAGGAGGGACAUUGUGCCCUCAUGUUUGAAAAAGUGCUCUCUUGUAUGCUGGAUGAUAACGUGUCCUCUACGGUGGCCCAGUGUAGAAUAAAUUGUAUUCAAUUGGACCAAAGUGUCAGUGGCCUGCAGUCCUAAAAUGUCUCUCAGAGACUCGAGUGUUCUUAUCAGGGUAUGUUUACAUGAAUAAACACAUCACUUGGAUAUAUGAACAACACUUUUUGGCAAAUUCCACCUCCAGAACCAAAAAGAUUGAUGUACAUAGCACCUUAUUUGUUUUUUUAACCACAACUGAGUGAGAACAUGUGGGACCAUGUUCAGUUUUUUAAAUAUCUUUUUAUAUAAUGAAAAAAAACCAUGAACAUAUAAAUGGUACACACACAACAAUUACAAAUAAUGUAUAUGGAGUUUAUUACAACAUAAUUCGAUUCAGAUUUCCUGUAAAAGUAUCUGAAGAAAUACAUCCCUUCAUUUGUAUUUUUGGCACUUAUUUUCAAAGUAGCAGAGUGGUGAAUUAACAGACAUUGUUUUUGAAUGAGACAAUGGCACUCAGUGUUAAAUGUCUUGGAACAAUAAACUAAAAACUCCCUGCAAGUACAUUUCUCUGCAAAGACCAUCUUUACUCUGUCAUGUAAGUGUAAACGAUUACAGUUGAAGAUUUUUUUGUAGCGGAGCUGGCAACAGUUAUUAAUGUAACAAAUCACACAAUCUAGUAUCACUGUGCAGACGACUGUCAAGUCUUUACAUUGUUGAAUUUUAUUUCCUGCAGAAUAAAAGUGGUCUGAGCCUCGUAGCUCUUGAGCACCAAUCACACUGAAGCUUUCUGGAGAUGUCACAAUGGUGAUAGAUGUGGUGGUUGGGCCACGUGACUCUGGAACAAAGUGAUUCUGUCCAGCAGUGUGAGCGGGAUAUCUCUGAUGACUAAAGUCAGGUCCUCAUGCUGUAAUGGAUAGAUGACCACGCUCAGGGCCGAACGCUCCACUGAAAAUCUAAGAAAAGACACAAGAAAAGUUCAAUUUGAGAUCCUGUUUUGACAUUUAAAAGGGAUAUAGUUGUUUUGUUUUUUUCAACCCGAGGUUGGAGGAGGUACUUAGAGCCAUAUCUACAGUAGAUGAAGGUCAGCAUGCCCCCAGUUUGGAGAAACCAACCAGCACUGUUGCAGAUGGUGUCUGCUGAAUAACAUAUUUUAACCCACCUCAAUCCGAUAUCACAUUACCGGAAUGCUAUAUUUAGAAUAUUUUCAGCACUUUAACUUGCUGUGUAAUAGAACAAUAUUAUACUCACUUACUUACUUACUUAAAUAAAAUCAUUGUGUGAUUCUUAUUUGCUAAUGUUUAUCUAUAUAUACUUAUCACACUUCUUAGCUAAGCUUGGGAAAAUUCCUUAUUAAGAAUAUGUGUUGCAAUGUUGUUAGUUACACUAUGUGCAUGACCUUCAACUCAGGUGAACUGAGAACUGAUAUGGCCUCCCUACCUCCCUAACUUCCAGAAUGCUCCUUUCAUUAUCACCAAGCGUCACCCCUCCCUUUGUCCUCUCUCUGUGUUAAAUAUGCAACCCAGACUCUAUCCUUCGUCUUUCACUCUGCAGACUGUAUGCUCUCUGUAUGACUGACUGAACUUUCUUACAAGAAAUAAAAUACAACAAAGACA